GCCCCUCUUCCUGUGCCAACUUCAACCAUCUUAUUUCCUCUGACUCUCAGGAUCUGCACAGCUGCCGUUUCGAGGCUCUCGGACAACAUGGCAGAUAAAAACGAAGAACUGGACGUGAAGUCAGACCUCAACAGUGGCAGCCUGUGCAGCAGCCCGGGAGACACGGAGGAGACCCGGGAGAACUCGUCGGGCAUCGAGGUGGAGGCGUCGGACCUGAGCCUCAGCCUGACUGGGGAGGAGCCCAUGAUGGAGGCAGACGCGGAGGAGGAGAGAGCGAGUGGGGCCGGGGACGGCAGCCGGAGGCAGGCCGAGCGUGACAGCUCGGACGAGCACGACACUGAGUCCCUGGGAGACACCGGCAACUACUCCAUCGAGGAGGAGGAGGAGGAUGAGGAGGAGGAGAGCAAGAUGCAGGAGGGCCGGGUGGAGCUGCCCAGCCACCUGCGCCGCCGCGGACCCAAGCGGGGAGCCAGCAGCGAGGCGGAGCGGGAGCAGGACUCCUCGGAGGAAGAGGCGGCCCUGGAGCGCUGGGUGAACUCGGAGGUGGAGGCCCUGCCCCUCCCUACCUGGUGCCCUGCCCCGGCCCUGGGGGGGCGCGCCAUCGGCCGGGACCCCCGGGCCUUCAUGUACCGGGCCUGCGGAGCCCGGGCCUUCGUCGAGCGCUUCCGCCUGCAGCACGGCCUGGAGCGCCACACCGGCUGCGUCAACACCCUGCACUUCAACCGGCGUGGGACCUGGCUGGCCAGCGGCAGCGACGACCUGAAGGUGGUCAUCUGGGACUGGGCCCGCAGGAAGCCUGUCCUGGAGUUUGACAGCGGCCACAAGAGCAACGUCUUUCAGGCCAAGUUCCUGCCGAACAGCGGGGACUCCACGUUGGCGAUGUGUGCCCGAGACGGUCAGAUCCGUGUCGCCGAACUCUCGGCCACAGAGUGCUGCAAGUCCACCAAGCGAGUGGCUCAGCACAAGGGCUCCGCGCACAAGUUGGCGCUCGAGCCCGACUCGCCCUGCACCUUCCUUUCGGCGGGGGAGGACGCCGUGGUCUUCACUAUUGACCUGCGCCAGGAGCGGCCCGCUUCGAAACUGGUUGUCACCAAGGAGAAAGAUAAGAAGGUGGGGCUGUACACCAUCUACGUCAACCCUUCCAACACACACCAGUUCGCAGUGGGAGGCCGGGACCAGUUCCUCAGGAUCUACGAUCAGCGCAAGAUAAACCAGAACGAAAACAAUGGUGUCCUGAAAAAGUUCUGCCCCCACCACUUGGUUAACAGUGACUCAAAAGCUAACAUCACCUGUCUGGUCUACAGCCACGACGGCUCAGACUUGUUGGCGAGUUACAACGACGAGGACAUCUACCUCUUCAAUUCAUUUCACAGUGACGGAGCUGACUACGUCAAGCGCUACAAAGGGCACCGGAAUAACGCCACAGUGAAAGGCGUGAACUUCUACGGGCCGAAGAGCGAGUUUGUGGUGAGCGGCAGUGACUGUGGCCACAUCUUCCUGUGGGAGAAGCUGUCGUGUCGCAUUGUGCAGUUCAUGGAGGGGGACAAGGGUGGCGUGGUGAACUGUCUGGAGCCCCACCCUCACCUUCCCGUCCUGGCCACCAGCGGCCUUGACCACGACGUCAAGAUCUGGGCUCCCACCUCGGAGGCGGGCAACGGUCUGUCAGGACUGACUGAGGUGAUCAAGCGGAACAAGCGGGAGCGUGACGAGGACUGCCUGCGUCACACGGAGCUCUUCGACAGCCACAUGCUGUGGUUCCUCAUGCACCACCUGAGGCAGCGGAGACACCGGCAGCGGCGACGGGAGCCCAUCUCCGCGCCGGAGGACGAAUCCGACGACACGUCCAGUUCCUCGGAGACGUCGGACGAGGAAGAGGACGGCCCCGAUCGGGUGCAGUGUAUGCCCUCCUGAGGAAGGAGCCGGGGAAUGCCCACGCACCACGCAGACGCCCUCAGACAGGCGGGGAGGUGGCACGGGGACUGGCGGUCACACCACUUCAUGGGGGGUGGGGGGAGGAUGAGGGGAGACACCCAGACGGAGAAAGCAGACGGGCACAGAGCUGACCGGGAGGUGGGACGAGGGAGAGUGUGAGCACAGUCCACAGACUGGCAGCGACAUGCAGGCUCCUCCUGUUUUUGUGUCUGAGUUGUUCACAAUGGGCUGGGAAGGGUCUGUGUGCCUCACCUCGCUCUCCCAGUCCCCUAGUGUCUCUCUCUGUCUGACUGUGUGUGUGUCUCUCUGUCUCUGUUUGACUAUUUCUCUCUGUCUCUCUCUGUCUCUGUCUCCUCUCACCCUCCCCCCCACCCCCCUCCUGUGUUCCCACUCACUCUGUUACUGACCCGUGCAAAUCGCCACAGUAUUUUUCUGAUUGACAACUUUCUAAGUUUUGUAUAUCCACAGGCUCGUCCGUCCCUGCAAAACUAGCCAAUUAUGGUUUGGGGGGGAAAAUAAUAUUUUAAAAAGUAAAAGUUCUAUGUUGAUAAACUGUUUAAAAGUUAGGGAGGUGGGGCAAGUAUCCACUUGCCGCCUUGCCCCACUUCCCCACACCCCUCUUCCCCCAUUAGGGCGUGUCCGGGGCCAGAGGUGUGCCCGCUCUUCGAGCCUGCAGUUUGGGGUGGGGUGGGGGGGAGGGGGGACGCGUCAAACGGCAGAUUUGGAAAUGCUUUACAGAUGCCGUGACAGGUAUAGCUUGUUGCUUUCUGCGUUUUGCCCGUUCUCGAUUUUGAUGGAUUUGGAUUUAGACCGCAAUUAAAAAUCGCAUUGAGUGA